AUGAUGCUCGUGACGUCACUUUCCCGCAAAUGGUCAACAACCUUACCCGACAACACAGUACAUAUUAAGGUAAGGUACGCUCGUGAACUCCCGUCGUCUCCUCCCCUGCAGCUGUUUCUCUCUUUUCUCUUCCUCUUUCAUCUCUAUAUCGAAUCCUUCACGGCUGUCUCUCCAUUUCUUCCCCAAGAAUCAUCACAUAAACCUCAUAUCAACAAGAUGAUGUCAGCUCGAUCCAUGAUGGCCCUGCGCACUGCGCACACCAGCAAGAUCAUCCUCGGACGAGGUCUCUUUACUACAUCGACACGUCUAGGUCUCAAGGAAUCAUCCACUCAAACCGACGUCGACUACGACAAGCACAAGCAAGACUCCCUCAGGAAGCAGAAGGAGGGCAGCGGCCACUGGAAGCCAGAGCUCGCCUCAGACAGCGAGGAGGCCGUCAAGGCGGACAGAUCGGACGCUGAUCCUGCCAAGGACAUCAAGAACCUCCAAGAGCGAACCAAGAAGGCUGCCGAGGAGACUCACAAGGCUGGUACCAGCACACGGGAUAACAUGUAA